CGCUCCCGGCCCAGGGCGGAGCUCGCCGCCGAGUGCGCGCCUCCCCCGCCGGCCGGAGCGGGAGCCCGCGCGGGAGGAGGAGCCGCGCCGCGCCCUUCCCCUUCCUCCGCCCCGUCCGCCGGCCCCAGGCAGCACUCGCGAGCAGCGGCGCCGCGGCCGGCGGCCGAGUGGGGAGGAUGCGGCGGCGCUCGCGGAUGCUGCUCUGCUUCGCCUUCCUGUGGGUGCUGGGCAUCGCCUACUACAUGUACUCCGGGGGCGGCUCCGCGCUGACCGCCGGCGCGGGCGGCGGCGCCGGCAGGAAGGAGGACUGGAGUGACAUUGACCCAAUUAAAAAGAAAGACCUUCACCACAGCAACGGGGAUGAGAAAGCACAAAGCAUGGAGACCCUUCCUCCAGGGAAAGUGCGAUGGCGGGACUUCAACCAGGAGGCUUACAUUGGAGGGACAAUGGUUCGCUCUGGGCAGGACCCCUACGCCCGCAACAAGUUCAACCAAGUGGAGAGUGAUAAGCUGCGGAUGGACAGAGCCAUACCUGACACGAGACAUGAGCAGUGUCAGCGGAAGCAGUGGCGGGUGGACCUGCCGGCCACCAGUGUGGUGAUCACGUUUCACAAUGAAGCUAGGUCGGCCCUGCUCAGGACAGUGGUCAGUGUGCUGAAGAAAAGCCCACCCCACCUGAUAAAAGAAAUCGUCCUGGUGGAUGAUUACAGCAAUGACCCUGAGGACGGUGCUCUCUUGGGGAAAAUCGAGAAAGUCCGGGUCCUCAGAAACGAUCGGCGAGAAGGCCUGAUGCGAUCACGGGUGCGGGGAGCCGACGCAGCCCAGGCCAAGGUCCUGACGUUCCUGGACAGCCACUGUGAGUGCAACGACCACUGGCUGGAGCCCCUGCUGGAGAGGGUGGUCGAGGACAAGACUCGGGUGGUGUCGCCCAUCAUCGAUGUCAUAAACAUGGACAACUUCCAGUACGUGGGGGCGUCUGCUGACCUAAAAGGCGGUUUUGACUGGAACUUGGUGUUCAAAUGGGAUUACAUGACACCUGAGCAGAGAAGAUCCCGGCAAGGGAACCCGGUUGCCCCCAUAAAAACCCCCAUGAUUGCUGGAGGGCUGUUCGUGAUGGAUAAGUUCUAUUUUGAAGAACUGGGGAAAUACGACAUGAUGAUGGAUGUGUGGGGAGGAGAAAACCUGGCGCCUGUCCCUUCCUCACAGUACCUGCCGCCCUGGAAUUCUGACUUGACUUCUGCUUGUGGAGAAAACAAAUCACAGUUCAAGGAGGUUUAUUUUGUUUCUAGUAACACCCGCAGGGCAGCGGAGGUCUGGAUGGAUGAAUACAAAAAUUUCUAUUACGCAGCAGUGCCUUCCGCCAGAAACGUUCCUUACGGCAACAUUCAGAGCCGAUUGGAGCUUAGGAAGAAACUCGGCUGCAAGCCUUUCAAGUGGUACCUUGAAAAUGUCUACCCAGAAUUACGGGUUCCUGACCAUCAGGAUAUAGCUUUUGGGGCCUUGCAGCAGGGGACCAACUGCCUUGACACGUUGGGACACUUUGCUGACGGUGUUGUUGGAGUUUAUGAAUGUCACAAUGCUGGGGGCAACCAGGAGUGGGCCCUGACCAAGGAGAAGUCAGUGAAGCACAUGGACCUGUGCCUGACCGUGGUGGACCGGGCGCCCGGCUCACUCAUAAAGCUGCAAGGCUGCCGGGAGAAUGACAGCAGACAGAAAUGGGAGCAGAUCGAGGGCAACUCCAAGCUACGGCAUGUGGGCAGCAAUCUGUGCCUGGACAGCCGCACAGCCAAGACGGGGGGCCUGAGCGUGGAGGUGUGCGGCCCCGCCCUGUCCCAGCAGUGGAAGUUCUCGCUGAACCUGCAGCAGUAGGCGCCCCGGCCGGGCAUCCUGUCCCUGCACCAGCAGCUGCGUCUCACGGUCAUGGUAUUGGUUGCGUCUCCUAAACUUUCCGCGAAACUAUAUACCUCAGUAUUCCAUCAUGGUCUGAAAGUCGGAGAACUUCAGCCAGGCACGGGACACUGGGUGGACACAGAAGAGGCGAAGAGAGAACUGCCCUCGUCGCAGCACGCGGCCAAGUCCCCCUUCUGGAGGCCACAGCUCCCCCUUCCCGGCUUCCUCCUGGUCUGGUUGGGGAUUGGGGAGCCGGGAGGGGCACGCCCGCCCCACCAAGGAGCAGUCUUUUGAAAUCUCCAUCUUGAUCCCAUCGCUAUCCUGUGCGGUCCCCACAGCACCGAACCGUCUCUUGGCAGGGUCACGUCCCGUCCCCCUGCCCUGCUCCCCGGUUCCCAGCUACAGACCCCCUCCCACAUGAUGUACUUGCUACAUUUGAAUAUGAACUUUUCUAUGGCGGGACACUAACUACAAGUAUACAGAGAGAAAGAGUGUACGGUCAGUUCCCCAUGGUUUCUAUAGGUCGUCCUCAUCUUGUAAGUUCUCCACGACGCAGUUCACAGCCGGGCGCAGGAUGGGCCAGGCUGUCCCAGAGGGGGAGGUGGCCUCCACCCCCUGUGAGUGGCCUUAGUGGUGAGAAGGCGCCACCGUGGCUGGCGGGACCUUUCCCGCAGCUGCCCCGGGAGCCAGUGGUGCCCAAGGCCCAGGCCAGACAUCUCUGUUUGGCUUUAGCUUGGGAGUCACUGCUCUGCUCGGACCCACUUCCCAUGCCCUGGGUAUCUGUAAACCUGCAUGGGCUACUUAUUUUGACAAAUAUUGCUUUAGGUCUUUUUAAAUUAAAUUUCGUUUCUCUACAGAAAAAAAAUUUUUUAAAACCAUCCCACAGCUCCCAGUGGCUGUCGGAAGCUGUCACAGGCUGGCAUCGGGCUAUUCGUGACUGUCCUGGUGUGCUGGCAGCACUGCCACUGUCACCUGGGCCCCGGAAUCUGGCCGGCCUGCUGUUCCUCCCAGGCCCAGGUGAUGCCUCAGGAGCUUUGGAUCAAGCGUUAGGAAGGAUGGACAGCAGCACUGCCCGCUCAGGGCCCAAAACAGGCACCUGGUGGCUUGAGAAGCAGGUGUCGGUAUAAACCACAGGACAGUUACAAACUACGAGUUAGGAACAGGAAGAGGUGCCUGAGCGUCUGCCUGGCACCCAGAACUAUCCCUGCACAGCCCUCCUUGCCUUUGAAGGGUCAGAGGGCCACAGCCCCUGCAGACUGGCCCCUGGCCCGCGUCCUGCCCCGCCCCCUCCCACACGCAUGCCCAGUCUCAGAGGCUGGCCACCCCGGCAACCCACAAGCUACCAUGUGGUGGGACACACUUCCUACAUGCACAUCUUCAGUCCCCUUUGGGGGUGCUGGGAGCUCACACAGUGAGAAGUGGCCCCGGAAGGUUCUGCGAGGUUGGCACUGCCAAGUACUGCUCUCUUUCCUGCUUAUUUCUUUUAGGAAAGGCAAUAUUGGUGAUCUUUCUUCCUCCACUGCAAAAACCCUGCAUGUUUGCUUCAUGACAGUGGGCUCAGGCGUGGAGGUGCGGCUGAGGGACCUGUUCCUCUGUCUUCUCCCCUUCCACCCCUUGCCAGGCGGCCAGACACAUUUCCGAUGGACAGGCGGCUGGAGCUGGACGAACUUACCCACACUGGCAUCUUCAGAGGCCUUGGCUCCAGGUGGGCCCUGGGGCAGCCGGCUCUGUGUCAGGCUUUUCAACUCAGCCUGGGUCCCUGUUAGACCCUGUCAACUAUGAGUUGUUUCUGCUGUUAGAAAAACGUCCCAUUGAUGGAAAACAAAUUUGGCCAAGAUGGAAAACAAAUUUUAAUCAAGUUCUUGACCUUGACGAUCCUUCGCCCACACAACUCCACCCAACCCAGAAGUCUUACCAACCUUUGUACCAUCAGGCCAGGUACACCCAGCCCCUUGGGGGACAGCUCCCCAUCCCUGAGCUGGUGGGCGACGCGGCCGUGGGUGGCGCAGGUGUUGUGAGCAAGGGUGGGCUGGGAGGGUUCCCUUGAGGUGAGCUAUGUUUACAUGACACAGUGUGCCAAAGUGACUUACUGUGGUUGCAUUAUUUUGUAGUCAUCGGGACUGUCUCUCCCUCCCACUCCUGUUUUUACAAAUAAAGAUUCUUUCCUAAGAGCCCUGUGAGCAAAGCGUGGCGAAGUUAGUCGUCUUCUCUGUGACGGUCUUUCUUAUGUCUUCAUAAAAGCGAAAAUGAUGGUAUCUGUAUGUUUUGCAAAUUCAAAAUAUAGUUUGGUAAUUUUUUUUCCAGUUGAUUUUUUUAAAGAACUGCUGUACAGAGCUUGUACUUUGUCCAUUUUAUAGAUGGAAACCAUCCUUGAAAAUUGUUUAACUUAAAUAAAGAGAAGAUACUUUAUAGAUAAUGCUG